UCUCAUUCUCUCUCCCUCUCUUUUUUUUUGUUAUGGCUAAUAAUACAUAUCAAAGAGCUAGUUUGAUGCUGCAGAAAGCCAAAGGACCCAAAUGGAAACGUGAGCUGGUCUCGGAUCAUAAAUUUGAUUUCAUGGAUGUGGAAGCGUUUCGAGAAACAACGUGUCUUUUAUCCAUCCGUUACCUCAUUUUGCUAUGCUCAGUAGUUGUAUCCACACUUGUUUAUGGUGCUGAUUUAUGGUCUGCUGGCAUUUUGCUAAUUUACGAUCACUGGUCACUUUCAACACAGCCAAAAAUUCCGUUUUAUAUCAGUAAAUGGAUUUAUGUCGGCUGUAUUGUCAUCUCUUUUAUGUUAUUGGCGUGGGAGAUCAGAAAGACUAGAACAGUAAUGGAAACUAGAGAUAUUUCUCUAGCGGUAACGAAUCCAUUAGCUUAUCGAACGUAUUCUAUCAAGAGUUACAGUCAUUUUUGCCUUUUACAGAAAAUUAAAAGUUCGACAAAAUGGAGUGAUGUGAUUAUUUUUUAUGUCUUUUAUACCCUAAAAACUUGGAAGAGAGUCAUUAUUGCCCAAGGUCCUAGACAAAUUAUUGCUGGCGUUACCGUCUACGCUUUGCUAAAGUCGGCCUGGACAGCAGAAAAUGGUUCAUUUCAAUUUUCUGCUGAUUGGGAUACAUAUGGCCAAGAUUGGCCCCAACGAGUUGCUUUGUUUCUCAUGAGUUUUACCUGUAUUUUAUGGGUCAUCUCUGCUAUUCAGAUUGUGCUCGCGGUAUUCCUAUAUUUUCCAAUUCUUUGCCAAAUUCAAGGUAAUCUCAAGGAGUACUGCUGCCACAAAAUUGACAAGCGUAUCGACGAGUUAUUAGAAAAACAACGUAAAAAACGCUUGAGAGAACGCGAGAAAUACUCUAACAGUAUCAGUAGCAAGAAAUCAAAGAGCAAAUCGCAAAAGAAGAACAAUAAACAGCCAAUAGACGAAACGAUACCUGCGUUACCUACACUUCCUAAUGUCGCUCUUUACGCUGGCGAAAAGACUGACGCCUCUUGGCUGUACCAACAACCUCAACAGCAGCAUUCGUUCGGUAAUUAUUAUGACAGUCAGCCUAUGACACCCUUGGAAUCUUCUUACUCUCUGACAAGAAAUCCAACCAAAUACAGCCCUUAUAAUGAUGCAUCGUAUCAGUCGCAGAUGUAUCAACCAGCAGGUGCCUACACACAAGAGUCCACAAAUGACUAUUAUUACUCACAGCAAUACCAACAACAAUAUAGUAAUACCAUAAACGCUCCUACCGGCACCACCCCGGCCACCACCAGUUAUAAUAAACCGCAUGAAUAUAACGAUGGCAUUGAUACGUCUGUGUAUAACAACAAGGUCAUUUAUUCCAAUGCUAUCAACCAGGGUGAUUCGACCUACAAUAGCAGCGAACAAAAAGAAUCGUUUAAUAAGGGCCUAAAUGAUCCGCAUUUACCGAUGCAAGAGGACAUGCAUGAUGAUGCAUUCAACAGUAAUGCAUCACAUGCUUACCAUAACAACGACAAUAAUUAUACUGAAGCGGUAAAAAAACCAGCAAUUCAUCCUAGCACAUACUCUAAUUACAUAUAAAUCACUCCCAAUAU